AAGUGGGGGUGGAUGGUAUCAGAGGCUAUUUAACAGACGCUGACUGAGAGGCUCGUGACAGUCAGUCAUGGGUCGUCCUGGGAUUCAGAUGUGGACAUGGGCACUGUGUGUCCUCGUGCGUUGGAUGUGUGUGGGUCAAGCAGCGGCAGCACCGCAGUACAUGGUAGCCAUUCCUGCAGUUCUUGAAGCUGGAGCUGAAACCAAAGUCUGUGCGAGUCUCCUGCAGCCCAACGAAACUCUGGUCAUGAGCGUCACUUUGAUGUCCCAAGAGCAGAAUAUAACUCUACUCAAGAAGACGUCCAGUAUAGAAUUUCAUACCUGCAAUCAAUUUAAGGCUCCUUUAGCGCAGAAUGAAGUGGUGCAGAAGUUGGAGGUGGAGGUACAAGGUGACAUUUUUUACUCCAAAGAAGUCAGGAAGGUCAUGAUCAAAGUCUAUCAACCAAUGACAUUUGUCCAAACAGAUAAACCAAUCUACCUCCCUGGACAAACAGUGCAUUUCAGAGUCAUUACACUGGACACCAAGUUGAGACCUGCCAGUCAGCUGUACAAUAUCAUCGAAAUUGAGGAUGCUAACAACAACAGGAUUGGGCAGUGGCUGAAUGAAACGUCGAAUGGUAAAAUAUUGCAGCUUUCUUACUCCUUGAACUCUGAGGCCCGUGAAGGAACCUACCAAGUCAUUGUGUUGAUUGGUGAAAAUAAACUAUAUCACAGCUUCAAGGUGGAAAAAUAUGUUUUGCCUAAAUUUGACGUAAAAAUAAAUGCAUCUGAUGAAGUAAGUAUUGAGCAGGAAGAAAUCCAAGCUGAAAUAUGUGGAAAGUAUACAUACGGACAGCCUGUGCCAGGCAGUGCUGAAGUUGAGUUGUGCCGACCUCUUAAUCCCUAUCUUUAUCCUGAACAUCCAGAUGGAAUCCCUGACAUAACUGCCCCAUGCUACAAGGAUACAAAACAGACGGACGUGAAAGGCUGUGCCACUUUUACCUUCAAGAUGUCAACUUUCACAAAACUUGACCAAAAGGUGUUGCAAGCCAUAGAUUUGAUUGACUUUACUGUCCAACUGAGUGGAAAUUUGUCUUUGACUUCUCCCAAGACGGACGUGAAAGGCUGUGCCACUUUUACCUUCAAGAUGUCAACUUUCACAAAACUUGACCAAAAGGUGUUGCAAGAUGCACUGGACCUCCGAGCCAAAGUGGAGGAGGAGGGGACAGGUAUUUCACAACCACAACAGAAGAGAAUAACGAUUUCAUAUGUUGUUGGAAAGCUGUCCUUCAUUGACACACCCAAGAUUUAUGACCAAGGAUCAAAUGUGGAGGGCAAAGUUAAAGCAGUUUAUUACAAUAAUACACCCAUUCCUGAUAUGCCAGUGUACCUGUUUGAGGGUGAAAGGUGGUCAGCACGUCGGGUACAGAACCUCACAACUGACAGUGAUGGUGUCGCCACUUUCUCAUUCAGCACAACUAAUGUUAAAGGGGACAUCCGCCUCCACGUUAACAACAAACCGACACUGGACUACAUUGCUUAUAGAACUGCAUACUAUGAGGCUGGAGAUCACGUAGUGUCUAUGGCCCAACUUCCUUCUCCUGAUACUAAAACAGUCAGCUCCCUGGAGGUGAAGACGAAGGAUAAACUACUUCUCUGUGACAGAGAAGAGGACAUCUCCAUCAAAUACACUGUAGUUGGAGAGGCCCAGGGCUCUGUGGAUGUGAUGUAUCUGGUCUUAUCCAGAGGAGCCAUUAUCAUGCAAGGAGUUAAACAGGUUGAAGUGAAAGAUAAAUCAGUGUUUGAGGGCGAGGUGUCCUUUAAGUUGAAAGUGUCUGCAGAGAUAGCACCAGACGUCCAGGUUGUGGCUUACGCCGUCCUCCCCAGUGAGACUGUGAUCGCCCACAGUGCUGACUUCUCCACCGAGAAGUGCUUCAGUCACAAGGUAUCGCUGGAGUUUUCUCCAUCCUCAGCUGUCCCAGGAGAGGAAAGCACCAUGCAGGUGACGGCCCAACCAGACUCUCUGUGUGGUGUGAGUGCUGUCGACCAGAGCGUCCUCAUCAAGGAGCCAGGGAAGACUCUGGAUGCAGACAAGAUAUUUGGCUUGUUGCCUGUCAGAAAAGCAUCCUAUAUUCCAUAUGAGGUUCAAGAUCCUGUAGAAUGCUUGCAUGUGAGACCAAGAAGAUAUGUUUUGCCAAACCUGAGACAGGAAGAUGAUGCUCAUUCAGUUUUCCAGAAUGUAGGGCUGAAGAUGGCAACGAACUUGUUUAUCCGAAUGCCUUCAUGCCUCAAGUUCAAAGGAAGAGAAUACCACCAAGGCCACUAUGGUAUAAGGCAUAGCUAUCCUCACAGCAAUGAAAGAGUGUAUUCACCAAUAGUACUGGCAGGGGAACAUGGUGGAGUUGGCGGAUCAUAUCCUGCUCCACCAAUAGAGACAGUGCGCAGUUUCUUCCCUGAGACCUGGAUAUGGGACCUGGUGGAAGUAGGAGAGUCUGGAACAAAGGAUGUGUCCCUCACUGUCCCAGACACCAUCACCACCUGGGAGACGGAGGCUUUCUGUUUGUCCCCUCAGGGUUUUGGCUUGGCUCCUCGUAAAGAGCUCACCGUCUUCCAGCCCUUCUUCCUCGAGCUCAGUCUGCCCUACUCCAUCAUCCGGGGAGAGCACUUUGAACUGAAGGCAACCACCUUCAACUACCUGUCCAGCUGCAUCAUGGUCACUGUGACUCCAGCACCCUCUUUAGAUUACACCCUCACCCCCCUCUCUGGUGACCAGUACACAUCCUGUCUGUGUGGCAGUGAACGCAAGACCCUCAGCUGGACCAUGGCCCCCUCAGCCUUAGGUGUUGUGAAUGUGUCUGUGACUGCUGAGGCUGUGGCAUCCCACGCUUCAUGUGACAAUGAGAUUGUGAGCGUGCCAGACAGAGGUCGUAUCGACGUGGUCACAAGAUCUCUCAUAGUAAAGGCUGAGGGAACUGAAAUGACAAAGACCUACAACUUUCUGCUCUGCCCAAAAGGGGAAGCUGUGACAGAGGAAAUAGACAUACAACUCCCUGAGAAUGUGAUUGAUGGAUCUGCCCGUGCUUCACUAUCAGUCCUGGGUGACAUUCUGGGCCGAGCCCUGAAGAACCUGGAUGGGCUGCUGCAGAUGCCAUAUGGAUGUGGUGAGCAGAACAUGGCGCUCCUGGCCCCCAACAUUUACAUCCUACAAUACCUGAAAAACACACAGCAGCUGACCCCAGCCAUCAAGGAAAAGGCUACCAACUUCCUGACCAGUGGCUACCAGAGACAGCUGAACUACAAACAUAAUGAUGGUGCUUACAGCACAUUUGGAUCAGGAACAGGGAACACUUGGCUGACUGCUUUUGUGCUGAGAUCUUUUGCCAAAGCACAGUCUUUCAUCUACAUUGACCCAACAAAGAUUGAAGAGUCUAAGUCUUGGCUGGAGGGCAAACAACAAGAAAAUGGCUGUUUCCAGCAGUCGGGAAAACUCUUCAACAACAGAAUGAAGGGUGGUGUGUCUGAUGAAGUGACUCUCAGUGCUUACAUCACUGCUGCCUUCAUGGAGAUGAAUACGUCCGUAAAUGAUCCUGUGGUGAAGAAGAGCCUGUCUUGCCUCAAGGGGUCCAUCAGUGACCUCAACAACACCUACACUACAGCUCUGCUGGCGUACGUCUUCACCCUGGCAGGAGAUCUUGAGACCCGUGCUCACCUUCUGAAGCACCUGGACACGGUUGCAUUAAACCAAGGAGGUUUCCUCCACUGGUCUCAGACAGCGACAGAAACGUCAGCCUCUCUGUCUGUGGAGAUCAGCUCCUAUGUGCUGCUGGCCAAACUCAGUGGCUCUCCUACUGCUGAAGACCUGGGCUACACCACCCGCAUCAUCAGAUGGCUGACAGGCCAGCAGAACUAUUAUGGAGGCUUCUCCUCGACACAGGACACAGUGGUGGCUCUUCAGGCUCUGGCUCUCUACUCCACUGUAGUGUUCAGUCCAGAGGGUUCAAGCACAGUGACAGUCCAGUCUCCCAGUGGCCAGCUGACAUUUGAUGUGAAUCAGAACAACAAACUGCUCUACCAGGAGAAGCUGCUGCAGGACGUGACAGGAAAGUACAGCUUGGAGGUGAAGGGCACUGCAUGUGCUUCAGCGCAGAUUUCUCUCCACUAUAACAUCCCAACUCCUACUGAUGUCACCACUCUCAGUGUGGAGGUCAAACCAGAGGCCGACUGCACCAGCACAUCUCACAGACCCAAACUCACUCUGAAGCUGAAGUCCCUAUACAGUGGAAAGGAGAACAGUACAAACAUGGUGAUCCUGGAUAUCAAAAUGCUCUCUGGUUUUGUCCCAGACCCAGAGUCAUUGAAGAGCCUCAAAAGGGCUCUGCUGGUGGAUCGUGUUGAACAAAAGGAAGAUCAUGUUCUUGUGUACAUAGAGCAGUUACCGAAGAACAUACCCAUCAACCACAGCUUAGAGCUCGUACAGGAGCUCCCAGUGCAGAACCUGAAGCCAGCCGUGGUCACGAUCUACGACUACUACCAGCCAAGUGACCAGGCCGAGACAGAAUACAUCUAUGCUUGUGCUGCAGCUUGAAGAGUGAAGUGUGGUCUGUCGUCAGUGAUUCCAGUAAUGCAGGUCUGAAGUUAUAAAGAUACAUUUUAUGUACCUUGUGUUACUCCAUGUCUGUUUGUGUAAACAUACAAACAUUUAACAUUGGCUUGUUAGUGUUCUGCCACAAUAUCUUACAGCUGUGUCACUACUGUAUGUGUCUAAAGUGAAAUUCAUGUAUAAUGGAGAAUGAAAUAAAGUGAUCUGAAUGUUAACAUUUGAAA